AUGCCCCUUUUUCGAUCUUGGAAAACGAUUCUAAUUUUCGCCCUUUUAGUUGUCACUUUGAUACAUUACUUCACAUUCCAAUCAACAUUGCGGACUCAGCAAGCCAAGUUUAAUCGAAGCAUCCUACAAAUCUUUGCUCUCAUUGGAAUUGCGAAUACAACAAAUCGCACCCCACUUGUUCUCAUCGACAAUCGAACCGUUAUGACGAGACUCUCGGACAUCAACGAAUACUUUCCAGAGUUGAUCGAUCGACUCAAAUUUGUCAUAAAGCUACCAAAUGCUAAAAGCAUCAAUCUGCACACAAAUGGUUGUUGUCGAUUCUCAUCGUUGAAUGAACUGAUGAAGCUAGAUGAUCAAUACGUGAUUGGAAAUGGAAUAGUCAUCUCUACUCAUCUCAUC